AUGCCACACCAAUUCUUUCUUUCUUUUAUUUUUCUUUUUCUUUCUCUUUUAAGACUCUUUUUCUUCUUUUCUUUCUUUCUUUUCUUUCAAUCUUUCUUUCUUCUCUUUUUGAUAAAAUUUCUUUUUUCAUUUCUUCCCUUCUUUCUUCUUUUUUCUUCUUCUUUCUUUUUUUUUUUUGAACUUUUCAACCUUUUUUCUUUUCAGUCCUUAUUUGCUCUGAAAUUUCAAGAUUCUUCUUGUUUCUUUUGUAAUCCCCUUUUAAAAGGAUCUUCUUUUCUUUCUUAUAUCUGUGUUCGUCCUCUUCUUAUUUUUUUUCAUUCUUUUCUUUUUCAAAAAAAUCUUAUAAGCUUUCUUUUUUUUUCUUCCUUUAAAUCCAGGGCUCAAAUAAAUCCUCUUCUUUCUUUUGUUUCUUUCUUAUUCUUAUAUAUCCAGUUAUUUAUUUGUUUCUUUCUUUCUUUUUUUCAUUCUUUCUAUAUUUUUUCUUUCUGUUGGGCCACCUUUUUCAUACAGAUUUAUCAUCCUCAUUCAUUUAAAUGUUACGCUUUGUUCAUCUAUCAUUAUGUCAUUCAUUCCUUCAUUUUUUUUCUAUUUUUAUUUCAUUUUUUUCAUUUAUUUAUUUUAAUCAUUUCCCCAGAACUUUUUGGCAUUUUCUUUCAUUUUUUUCAUUCAUUCAUCCCAUUUUCAUUCUUUUUCGCUUUCUUUUUCUCUUUUCUUUUUUUUCAUUCAUUCAGUUUCGAAGAUUUUUUCUUUGAACUUCUGCAGUCUCAUUCAUUCCAGAUUUUUUUUUUCGCAUUCUUUCAAAAUUCUUUUUUUUCAUUCAUUUUGAUUUUUUACCCAUUUCUUUCUUUUUUUUCUUCAUUUUUAUUUUCAUUCAGAUUUUAUUCAUUUUUUCUUCAUUUUUUGCGUUAUUCAUUCAUUUUCUUUUUUUUUUUUCAUUUUCUUUUCUUUUCGUAUUCUUUUCUUUUUUUCAUUCAUUUUUUUUUCACUCAUUCAUUCCAGAUUUCUUUUUUUUCAUUUUUUUCCAGGGUUGAUUCAUUUUUUUCAUUCAUUCAUUCCUUUUUUCAUUCAUUUUUUCUUUCAUUUUUUCAUUCAUUCAUUCCAGAUUUUUUGUUUUCGCAUUACUUUUUUAUUUUUCAUUCAUUCAUUCCAGAUUUCUUUCUUUUCGUUUCUUUCUUUCUUUCUUCAUUUUUUUCAUUCAUUCAUUCCAGAUUUCUUUCUUUUCGCUUUCUUUCUUUCUUUCUUCAUUUUUUUCAUUCAUUCAUUCCAGAUUUAUUUCUUUUCGCUUUCUUUCUUCCUAUAUUCAUUCCCACUUCCGUACUUUUUUAUUUACUUAUGUAUUUAUUUUUAUGCGUUUUCUUUCGAACUUCUUCCAUUUUAAAAUUUCUUUUCUUUUUUUUUUUUUUCCUUCUUUCUUUCUUUCAUACGUUCUAUAUUUCUUCCACGUUCAUAUUUCUUUUCUUUUCUUCCUUCUUUUUUUUUUCUUUCUUUUUUUUUCUGCAGAUUAAUCCUCCUCUCAUUUUUAAAAGCAAAACUUUCUUUUCAUUUCUUCUUUCUUUUUAUUUAAAAAUUUUUCAUUUCAAAAUUCUUUUCUUCCUCCCUUCCCACUUUCCACCUUAUCUUCCCUAUGUCUUUCAUUGUUUUAAUUACUAUGUUUUUAGUUGUCCACUAUUUUCGCGUAAUCCUGAUUAUCUCCCUUUUUAUACUUUAUUGUUUUCAUCAAACAUAUGUAUAGCAAGCUAA